CGCAAGAGGGGCUUGUUGUUCUUCGGUGGGAGGCGCGUUGUCGAUGACAUGGAGUUGGAGUAUCAUUGGCCGUGGCUUAUCGAUAAGCCAGCUGACUCAGCAUAAAAAAAGUUGCUGCGGAUCUGGAAGUCUUACUAUGAUACUCGAAUUCUAACCAUUGAAUGUUUUGUGCCUUUCACUCUUUGGAAAUAUAUAGAGAUACUAAGGCACAAUGUCUGCAGAAACGGCAAAUCCAUCCGGCCUCUCGGCCAAGAUCAACAACAAGCGCAAGAGGCAAGCUGAGGAAUCCUCGAAACAGACCGAGGCGGCUGCUGGCAAUGCAGACGGUCCGAGUAACAAGAAAAGCAAGAAGGGCAAAUCUAGGCCAAAGAAGGGCGGGAAAGACAAGAAGGAUAAGCCCCAGCAAGAUGCAUCGGAGAAGGAGCAGAGAGACACCAAGCAAACCGAGACCAAAGGCGGUUGUGAUGAAGCUAUUGGCAAGAUGGACGGCCGCCUGUUGGCAGAUCAUUUCAUGCAGAAGGCUAAGCGCCACAAUAAGGAGCUGACUGCAGUCGAAUUGAGUGAUCUUAGUGUUCCGGAAUCAUCAUUCCUCGACACAUCAUCGUUUGACUCGGCCAGACAACUGGAGAAGCUACCAGCUUUUUUGAAGGCUUUCAGCCCUAAAGGAUCUGAUCUCUCGAGGCCGUCAGAGGAGAAAGGCACACCGCACACCCUGGUUGUCUCUCCAUCUGGACUCCGAGCAGCUGAUGCAGUGAGAGCCCUCCGUACAUUCCAAACCAAGGAAUCUCCAAUUGGUAAGCUGUUUGCAAAGCAUAUCAAGCUGGAAGAAGCCAAGAAGUUUCUGGAGCGAUCACGCAUUGCCAUUGGAGGCGGAACACCCGCUCGUAUCUCCGACCUGAUCGAUGCUGGCUCCCUCAAACUUGGCGAACUACAGCGUAUCGUGAUUGACGGAUCCUAUGUUGAUCAGAAACAGCGUGGUAUCUUCGACAUGAAAGAAACCCAUCUUCCACUUUUGAAGUUGCUCACGCGGCCCGAGUUUCGUGAACGGUAUGGGGCGGAGGAGAAGCGGAUCCAGAUCCUCGUCUUUUAGCUUCAUCCAAUGAUGUAUAAUGUGGUUGGCGUUAAUCAAGGCUGGGUGUUCGAUCUUUUUGUUGUCUGUUCUUAUUCCGGGUAGUGAUACCCUACAUGCAUCCUUUUGCCCAUUGGUAUAUUUGCAUCGUAUGACUCUUUUCUUUUAUACUUGGACAAAUAUGAACUGUUUAGUUUCAACCAUUUUUGUUUAUCUUGAGCGGUCAGUUUAAGCCUAUGAUCAAUCUCAUGAACUGCAAAUAUAGGCAAGUCAGCUGUCUCCGUCUACCAAAUUACUCGUUCGGAUUGCAAUCAACUUUUGUUCUACACCAGCUCCAGGUUCGUUGGUCUUUGUGAU